AUGAGAAUUCGAAAUUACUACACAAGUUUGCAUGAGUUCGUGACUUCUGUUCUUGAUCAAAUUAAACAAUACACUAAAGUUGUUGCUGACACUGGUUAUUUUGAAUCCACACAAAAACCUAAUUAUGCUCAUCAUUUCACAAUAUAUUCCACAUAUCUAUUAUAUAGAUCAAUUGAUAAAAAAGUUGAAUUAGCAACUGAUAAAUUGUUGAUUAAUUUUGAUAAUGAAAUUCUUAAAAUUAUUCCUGGGCGAGUUUCAACUGAAGUAGAUGCAAUUUUAUCAUUUGACACUGAAGGGACUAUUGCUAAAGCUAACUGUUUGAUUGGACUUUAUGAGGAAGCUGGUAUUGUCGCAUGUGCUGAGGCAGGCGUAACUUUGGUUUCACCAUUUGUUGAUCGUAUUCUUGAUUGGUAUAAGAAAAAUACAGGACAAGAUUUCUCAGCCAAAGAAGAUCCAGGGGAAGGCGAAGAAUUAGCUGGUUGUGAUCUUUUGAUUAUUAGUCCAAAAUUGUUAGAACAAUUACAUUCUGAUACUAAAAAAACCAUUAAACGUAACCUAAGUCCUGAAAAUGAAAAAGUUACCUUUGAUGAAAAAGGUUUCAGAUGGGCACUUAAUGAAGAUGCUAUGGCUACAGAAAAACUUGCUGAAGGUAUUCGAGAUUUUGCAAAAUUAAAGACUCACUUGAGAGAGCUUUUAUCUGCUUGA